CCCUGCAGUGGGUCAACCUUGGACUGACAUCCUGCUGGGCUGCGCCUCCAAAAAGCUGGUAACCAGCGGAGAAGAUCAAAAGCCAAAAUCACUAUGUGGAGCUGUGAAACAUUAAAUAGUACCGAGAACAGUGAGGACCAGCAUCUCUGCCAUGACUUCCACCUCGUGCUUUCCAUCUUUUCCCUUCUCUACCUCAUUAUAUGUUUUCCGAUUGGCCUUUGUUACAAUGGCUUGCUGGUCCUAGUGAACAUCUAUAACAAAGCAACUAUGACUAUGCCAGAUGUUUACUUUGUCAAUAUUGCCAUUGCUGGGCUCAUCAUCAACGCUCUGGCACCAAUGUACCUUCUAGGUCUCGCCAACACAAAAUGGGCCAUCUGGAAUUCUAACAAUGAAGUUUAUAUUACCCUCCUUAUUUUAUUCAACGUUUCAUCCUUAGUUACCAUGUACUCUACUACGCUGCUCAGUCUGGACUACUACAUUGAACGUGCUCUACCUAGAACUUACAUGUCAAGUGUGUACAACACGAAACAUGUCUGUGGAUUCAUAUGGGGCGGAGCUAUGCUUACGAGUUUCUCCUCUCUGCUAUUCUACGUCUGCAAUCAUGUAUCCACUAAAAUAAUCGAGUGUUCCAAGAUGCAGAACAAAGAGGCAGCAGAUGCCAUCAUGGUCUUUAUCGGAUAUGUUGUCCCAGCUAUUGCUGUACUGUAUGCACUUGUAUUAAUUUUGCGAAUACGCAAAGAGGCUACACCACUGGAUCAAGACACUGGACGAUUGGAUCCCUCAGUGCACAGGCUUUUGAUCGCCACAGUCUGUACACAGUUCACCUUAUGGACACCCUAUUAUGUAACUCUUUUGGUAAGCACAUUUUCUAAUGCACAAGGAAGACGAGCGGAUGACAAUUACAGUCGAAUAUUACACUUUACCAAGAUAUUAUCGAAAUUUUUGGCUUUCUCAAGCAGCUUUGUAAUGCCUCUGCUCUACAGAUACAUUAACAAAAACUUUCCCAACAAAUUACGACGUCUGCUUAAAAAAAUGCAUUGUGGGAAUCAAGGGUGUUCUCACGAACGCACAGUAGUACAGCAAGUUAUGACGUAGGGAUGGAAAAAUCUCCGGUGCUCAGUUACUACAGUCCUUCACACACCAGGACUCAGGCUGUGAUACUGCUGUGUUGGCUCUCAAAAUCACUGCUGUGAGGGUCCCAACCAGGGGGCCAGAAGGAGCCUUCAAUUACGGUUUAAUGAGACACAGUCUUAAUUUUCAAAUAGUGAAGUGCAGAAAUCCUGUAAGGCCCUGGCCUAUGUGCUGAAAUACCUGUGACAUCUAGUAUAUGCAGUGCACUGAUCUGGUUACAAAGCGUAAGCUCUGUCUUCAUAGUUCUGAUAUUUCUGCCUGAAGAAAUAGCUAAGCAGUUAAUUGAAGUGUUGACUGAAGACACAGCACUUUGUGUCUUGUACAGAAAAAGGAAUUACCUUAUUUUCUGUGCAAAGAAAUAACUAACAGUGCUAUCUUUGAUGAAGUAAAUAGUAUUUUUCAAUGAAGAUGAUAAGGUGAUCUUUACUAAAGAUCAUAUUACUCAAUUAUGUAAGUCCAAAUAGUAAUAUGUUAAUUAUAAAUUACAUUAUUUAAUUUCUUUCUCCACCACUGAAUUCCCUCUAAAAUGCCUAAUUUACAAUUUUCAGAAAUUAUAUUCUCAGUCAAAACUAACCUAAGAUUUAACACCUAUUUUAAAUCUUUUUUUUCUGGAUCUAACAUUUAACAUUUUUUUCCAGUGCUUUAUUUGCAUCCUGAAACAUUUCAACAAUUCAGAAAUAUUUAUUAACAAAUUCUAGGGGAACUAAGAAACAUUUUCUCUGCACAUUAAAAUGAAGGACACAGUGGUUUACGAAGUUAAAUUAAAAUUUAACUAGCAAAGAAUGUCUGGCUAAGUGUUAUGGUCCACAUAUGUUCAUGUAACAAGAGUAAUUAUCUUAAAAAUAAAUAUGUUUAUGAUUAA